AUGCUCGACACUACUGGACAGCACCACUAUAACGGAUGCAAAAGAUGGUUCGUCGUUUGUAGCGUGGGGGUGGGUCUUGCGUCUGCGUCUGCGUCUGUGGUCUUGCGUCUGUGUCUCCAGCAUAUCCUCGAUCUAAUAUCCCUAGCUUUCUAUCUGGGGCUCAAGAGUCUAACGACUCGAAAGUCGAAAACAGAAGCAUCCUUGACCUCCGGAAGCCUCGAGUCUCCAGUCCUGACUCCUCGUACUCUCUCCAAGCUCAGCUCCAUGGCGCUUACACCAAGCCUACCAAUUGACAGAAGAGGCACAGCUAUCCAGGAUCAGCAAUGUCGGGUGAUGCUACUUACCUCUUACACACCGCACCGCUCUCGCCGCAUGGUCGUCAAUCACAGCCAGCUCCUACGCAAGCGCUCGACGUGGCAGCUGGAGAAAUGUGCACAGAAGGCUUUGAUCGCAUCACGCGGCGUCCGGUACAGUCAUGGAAAUGCUCCCUGGCGUCGUCGAGACCGAGGCCGAGGCCAUUUGGGCAAUGUUCGGAUGGGCAUGGAAAUACACUUGACGCGAUAG